AUGGCUUCCCAGAAGUCGAGCGCUUCUAGCUCCCAGAAGACCACAGGCGUGGGUGAAAAGUUUGUGCCCCAGCACUAUGGAGUGUGGCUGCUGCCCUCGAUCCUCGCCCGCAAGUGGCGGUCCCACACGCUGCCCUGGCACACCGUGGCCAGAGCCUAUGGCUACUUCAAGCUGCCCAUCAUGGAGCGCCAGCUGCAACUGCUGAAGACCCUGGACCCGCUGGACAUCGGCAGGGCCUCGCCGGCGCCUGCGGGGCCAGCGGAGCUGGAGAAGCCGUCCUGGGGCGACCAGGAGCUCCUCUCCAAGGUCCCAUUCAAAAUUCUGAAGGACCACGUGCAGGUGGUGAGCUCCUGCCAUUUCUGUGUGGAUGACACCAAGAUCCUCAGUGGUUCCUAUGACCGAACUGUGAAACUGUGGGAUCCUGUGGAUGGACGCGUGAUUCGAGAUUUUGAGCCUCAUCCCCGAGCUCCCGUGUUGGAGUGCAGCAUCACAGCCGAUAGCAGAAGAGUUGUGGCAGCAUCCUACGACAAAACAGUCAGGGCUUGGGACCUUGAGACAGGAAAGCUGCUGUGGCGAAUCAAGUAUGACAACUUCAUAGUGUCCUGUAAGUUUUCUCCUGAUGGCAAGUAUAUGGUCUCUGCGUCGGAUGUGGACUGUGGACUCUAUAUAACAGAUGCAGUCAAUGCCACCACCAUCGCACACGUUAAAAAUCACCACGAAAGGCUGAUCACAUCAUGCUGCUUUGACUAUGACAGCCGAAAGGUGGCCUCCGUCUCAGCGGACAGGACCAUCAAGAUCUUGGAUGUUACAUCCCAGGCCACGCUGCUCACCAUCAGGAAGGCACAUAACAAUUUAAUUUCAAACUGCUGUUUCACCUUCAGCGGCCAUUUUCUCUGCACAAGCUCUUGGGAUAAAACCUUGAAAAUCUGGAAUGUCCAUACUGGGGAGUUCCGCAGCCAAGGGGCCUGUGUGACUCUGAUGCAGGGCCACGAAGGUUCCGUGAGCUCCUGUUGUUUCGCCAGAGACGCCUCUUUCCUCGUGUCUGGAGGUUAUGACAAGACUGUGGCUAUUUGGGAUGUAGGAGAAGGCUGCCGGAAAUUCUACUUGAAGGGCCAUAAUGAUUGGGUGAUGGAUGUUGCCAUUAGCAACAACAAGAAAUGGAUCCUGUCUGCUUCGAAGGAUCAAACCAUGAGACUAUGGAAUAUUGAAGAGAUUGACCAAAUUCCUUUGGUAAUCAAUUACAAAAAGGCCAAAGGCUUAAAGGUGACACAGUGUGAAGGAUGUGACAGGCCUUUCUCCAUCUUCGAAAGCGACUCUUCUCUGGAAAUAUUCACCAAAUGUGUGUUCUGCCGGAUGGAUGAGAGGCACCUGACAGAAGAGGCCCUUUUACCACCAUCCUCCUCCUCCUCCGAAAGGGAAAACUCCCAGGCCAACAAGAUUGAGUGACGACCCCAGCCCGCUGUCAUGUAGGCUGUAGGGCUUGGCAGAGACCUUUUUCUGGGGCCACCACCCAGCAGA